UGGUGCGGCGGGGCCCCGGAAGCGGCGGCGGAGCGAUGGCGGCGGACGGGAGGGCGGCGGCGGCGGCGGAGCUGCAGCCGGAGGGGGACGCGGAGGGCGGCAGCAGCGAGCCGGAGGGCGGCUUCGGGCAGCUGCUGGAGGAGGAGGAGGACGGGGAAGAUGCCGGCUAUGUGCUGUACAGGGACAGGAAGGAAUGGGCUGAUAUUGAACCUGUUCCUCAAAAUGAUGGGCCAAAUCCUGUUGUUCAGAUCAUCUACAGUGACAAAUUCCGAGAUGUCUAUGAUUACUUCCGGGCUGUUCUGCAGCGGGAUGAGAGAAGCGAAAGAGCUUUCAAGUUAACAGCAGAUGCCAUUGAGUUAAAUGCUGCAAACUACACAGUAUGGCAUUUCCGGAGAGUCCUCCUGCAAUCUUUGGGAAAGGAUCUGCAUGAGGAACUUAAGUACAUUACUGCUAUCAUUGAAGAUCAGCCAAAGAACUACCAAGUCUGGCAUCACAGGCGGGUGCUGGUUGAGUGGCUGCAGGAUCCAUCCCGAGAGCUUGAGUUCAUAGCUGACAUUCUUAAUCAAGAUGCCAAAAAUUACCAUGCCUGGCAACACAGACAAUGGGUUAUUCAGGAGUUCAAAUUAUGGGAUAAUGAACUGGACUACGUAGACCAGCUUUUGAGAGAAGAUGUGAGAAACAACUCUGUUUGGAACCAACGGCACUUCGUCAUUUUCAACACCACUGGCUAUGAUGACCCUGCAGUCAUAGACAGAGAAGUCCGGUACACUCUUGAGAUGAUCACAGCAGUGCCACAUAAUGAGAGUGCUUGGAACUACUUAAAAGGGAUUCUACAGGAUCGUGGUCUUUCUAAAUACCCAAAUCUGCUGGAAGAACUGUUGAAAUUACAGCCCAGUCACAGUUCACCCUAUCUGAUUGCCUUUCUUGUGGACAUAUAUGAAGAUAUGCUGGAAAACCAGUGUGAUAACAAGGAAGAAACACUGAACAAGGCAUUGGAGUUGUGUGAAAUUCUGGCUAAAGAAAAAGACACCAUCCGAAAAGAGUACUGGAGAUACAUUGGAAGGUCUCUUAAGAGCAAGCACAGUUCAGGCACUGAACAGAGCAGCACACUGAUGGAUAAAGAACAGUAACUGAAGAUGGAAGAAAACAGUGUUAAGCUCUCAAGCUAUUCUAAAGCUAUACUAAGUAGGGUCAUCAACAAGUUUGAAGUCCGUUUGUAGGUAUUGCAAUGAAAGAAGAAUGCAGUAUAUGCUGUAUAGUCCUGAGUUGCUUCUGCUACUGGUGAUAGCUCUGGGUGCAGUCAAGAAAUGUACUAAGGCUUAAUUAUUGAAAUGUACCAAGUAAACGUUUCAGUUCCUAACUAAAAAUACAGUAAUUUCAUGAUUACAAGCUG